UGCAAAUUCGAUUCGCAAAUCUAUCCAAUUCGCCCAACGACUUUUCCAUCAAGUUAUCCCCAACCAAGAACCUCCCUGUUCCUUAUCAGAUCGAUGAAGAGGCGGAACCAGCAGCCAGGCAACCGAAGGUAGGCUGGCUCCACCACCAAUUGCCCCGACGAAUAGGGAUGCGAUUGGACAUUCAACCCCCUGGCUUCCGCCUUCCUCCCGCUUUUCCCUUUCAGUUUCGUCAAACCACCUGAACCAAUGUUCAUCACCAGUGAUCCACAGUUCUAUUUCACCUUUCUUCACAAGUCCAACAUUUUCCCAAUAUUUUUCCUUUUCACCUAAAAUUAACAACGAUAUCAAUCAUACAAUAUCAGUGAUCAUUAUUAUUUCUUUUUCAUACAAAAAUCAGUUGUAAAAUUAAAUUAAAUAAUUGUUGUAAAUUUAAUUCAAUGUGAAUUGACGAGUGUUGUUGAAUGUCAAAAUGGAAAAAUGUUAAUGAUAACUUGAUGUGAAGAAGAGAAUGUUCAACGGGAAGAAAAUCGAGGAUGAAGAAGACGAUUGAUAAUUUUUAUGGAUCAAAGAUGAUCCGUCAUAUGUUCAACGAAGGAAUCCCAGGAUUCUAUGAUUAACAAGAAAGGAUCGAGUACAUUUUGAUAAGUGUUUGGACAAAUUUGGGCACGUGUCCUCACCUCCUAGUGGCACGUGUCGCUAUUUAGAAGUAUUUCCUAACACGCGCCGAGGUCACGUGUCGUACGUACCGAUGAUAUCAGUGAAUCCUGAGAACGUGAUCGAGGAUACUUGUAUAAGAAUUUCUAGGAAAUUCCAACGAAAAUCUAUUUGAUCCUAAUAUAAUUCAAUUGGGUAUUAAGUCUAAUCUUUUGCAUUGAAUUGAAAAAAAAAAAAAAUUGGUUUCCCAGUGUAUAGAAAGGGAUACAGUGUUGAGUAAAAAAUUUAAUAUUUCUCAGUGAUCUCAAGAAGGAAAGUGUUUUGUCAAUGAUACCAAGAGAGAUAUUUUACUUCUUGAAAGAUUCUCAUGUAAAAUAUUAUCGAGGGAUAAUCAAAUCUUCUAAGCUGUUUCUCUUGGAAGUCGAUAUAUCUUUUAAUGUGUUUACCUUUCACACCUGAAAAAUAAAUUUAAUUAAUUAACAAUCUUUUAAAGAUGAUGUGAUAUGUGCUUUUAAUCCACACACUAUUGAUCAACAGUUCUAGUCAUUAUUACCAAAGAAUUUUGUAAAUAUUAUAAAGAUACGUGUAUCAGAGAAUUUUAUCAUAUAAAAAAGAAGCUUCUUCAAGAUGUAUUCCAUGGACAAUCUCGAAUUAGAUAUGAUGAAUCGACAGUACAUGUACGAGGCUCAUGGCUUUCUUGGGAAUCCAGCGAUUCCAGCUUUGCCGCCGCAUUGCGGAGCACCCACCACAGCCACGCUACCUUCUAUUCCCUCGCAAUUAGCUGCACAUCCUGCCGGAAGUACUGGAAGUACCAGCGGUAGUGAAAUUUAUUUGUACGACGAAAAUAGUAGCGAUAAUGAAAGUGCUUACAGUAGUGAUCAGGAGAAUCACACCAGAGAAACAAUAAUAAUUUCUAGACGAAGUCAAAACAAUAGAAGAAAUGGGGCGUCGGGGAAAAGUCCGAGGCAAGCAGUACAACAAAGACAGGCCGCCAAUAUGAGAGAGAGGAGACGUAUGCAGAAUAUAAAUGACGCCUUUGAGGGCCUUAGGGCCCACAUACCUACUCUUCCUUAUGAAAAGAGACUCUCGAAAGUAGACACGUUAAAAUUAGCAAUUGGUUACAUUAAGUUUCUUAACGAAUUGGUCAGGGCUGAUAAGGGUAACGAUCCUCUGACGGGAAAUGGUGGUCUCUCAAGAUGUUCUGGUCGAGAUGAUUCGAAGAAGGUCAUAGUUCGCAGUGAAGGAAAUCCCUUCAUUUUUCAUUCCUUGUCAUGGUCCAGGAAGUCGGAUAUCUCCCAGAAUGGGACGAUGUAUGCAAAAGUGUGGACCCCGGAGGAUCCAAGAACAUCAAAAAAUGGCUCGACAUUCGAAUAAAAUUUUCAUCUCUUGGCCAAGCCACGUCGAGCCUUGUGUUAUUUAGUAUUUAAGGACAAACAUUCCUAGUCAUUGUUUUACUUUUUUUUCUUUUUGAUGCUAAAUGAUCAUUAUUAACAUUAUCAACAGAACAAAAAAUUUGUUAAUAUACAAGAAGAUUAAUUUUUUGUGUUCUCUAGUCGAUUUUAAUGUGAUGGACAAUAUCAAUUAAAUUAUUAUUGUUAAUAUUUAACAACCUUGAUGAACAAAUAGUUUAAUUUUUUAAAUUAACAUCUAAGAAGUGAAAUCUAAAUAAGAAAAAUUCUUGUAAAAUAUGAAGUUGUAAUAUAAAUGAUACAUGCAUAUCUUCUGUUAAGUUCCUCCUUAAAAAAUGCUCAAAAUCCAAUGAAUUAACAUUAAUUACAAUUAUGAAAGAAGAAAACAAAAUACGAAGAUUCUGUCGGAUAUUUUUCUUCUUUUUCUUUUAAAUUAUAAGUCUUUAAAUAAAAGUAAUUUGACUUUUAAUUUUUCUGACAGAAUUCAUGUUAUAAUAAAUGUAUAUAUAAAGUGCGUAAAAAAAUCUAAACAGAUAUCGUUUGUACGUGAACAUGAAACAGAUUGUUUGCUAUUAAAACAAUAUGGUUAUCAUUGAAGCCAAAUAAAGUAGAUUCUUCAAGUUUCAAA